AUGUCUAAUUCUAAUAAAGAAAACAAAACCUAUAAUAGAAGUAUUUAUAAUAGAUAUAAAAAUUAUCAUGAAUUAGAUGUAAAUGAAGUAUCUUCAAUAUUAUUGGAUCAGCAUAAAAUAAUUGGCGGAAGAAAAUUCUUAAAUAAUCAUGAAGCGAAUUACCUCAUGCCAUCAGAUGAAAUAGAGGUUAAACGAAUGGAGGUCGUUCAUGUGUUAUGCAGAUAUGCGUGGAAAGGUAAUUUUAAUGCACCAGUUGAGGAAACGCUAAGAAAUGUUAAAGCUACCGUUCUCGAUGCGGGAUGCGGUGCUGGUUGUUGGAUUCUUGAUUUGGGAAACGAGUUCCCAAAUUCUACAUUUGUAGGCAUAGACAUUCAAUCAAGUGCAUUUCCAUCAGUGAAUGAACGCUCAUCCAAUACAGGAUUUCUAGUACAUAACUUAAUAACCGGAGUCCCAUUCCCUGAUGAAACAUUUGACUACGUUCAUAUGCAGGUAAUGUGGUCAGCACUCACUAAGCAACAAUACAUAAAUGUAAUUCAUGAAUUAGUACGUGUAACGAAAUGCAAUGGAUGGAUUGAAAUUAUGGAACCUAAUAUGGAAAUGAAAAACUUAGGAAAUUCUAUGAAAGCAGUUCAAAAUGCUUUUCACAAAAAGUUAAAGGAAAAUGGAUUUGAUCCCAUGAUAUUUUUAGAGGUCUCUAAAUGUUUUGAAUCAAUCAAUGAACUAACUAAUAUUGAACACAUGCAAUUGAAUAUGUCAUUGGGUGGAUGGGCAGGAAGAUAUUAUGAAUAUAUAUUAGAUGGUGUUAAACAAAUUUAUAAAUCUAUUACUUAUCUACCAGAUUAUAUGGGAAUAUCUCAAAAUGAUUAUCAAAAAUUAAUAGACGAUUUCGAUAGACAAUGUAAUCAAAAUCAUUCCUACUUAGAAACACAUAGGAUUUUUGCUAAAAAAGUUAAACAUCACUGUUGCUGA